AUGUCCAAGGUCGCUGUGCUUGGCGUAUUCAUUGCAAUACUAGCUAUUACAACAAUAGCAUUUGCUGGCUUGUUUACUUGGCAAUAUAUUACCAACACUCCGUCGGGCGAUAAUCCAACGCAACCUGAUACAACUACUGACACAGGAUGCCCAAAAUAUCCAAAACCCCAAGAAAUAGAUUUUACGAAGCAUGAAGAAUUCAAGAAUUUUUUCGAAUGGAUUGAUUCACACGUUGCAUCAUUAGUGGAUGAAAACGCACGACCUUCCAUAACGGCAAACUUGGUUUACCUGGAUAAAGUAAUAUGGAGUGGAUAUUAUGGACGAGUGAAUAAAUCGACCACCGUGAAACCGAACGAAAAUACUAUUUACAGAAUUGGUAGUAUUUCCAAAGUAUUUCCUGUAUUAUUUUUAUUCAAACUAUGGGAAGAUGGCAAACUUGAUUUAUACGAUCCAGUCACAAAGUAUGCACCAGAUUUUAACAUUGGAAGGCCACUGGGCACGACGAAUAAAAUAAACCUAAUCGACAUUGCUAGUCAGUUAUCAGGAUUAGCAGCAUCAUUGCCUUAUAGUCGUUUGAAUGAAUCAGUAAUAAUUUAUAAUGGAACAUUAGGAGAUGCUCUUCAGCUUCUUCAAUCACAGAUUCUGGUUGCCGAACCUCGUUCAAGAUGUUAUUACAGCAAUCUUGCCUACGCGUUACUUGGACACAUAUUAGCGAGAAAUUUCACAACUGAUGGAAAUUUUGAAAAUUGGGCGAAACAGAAUAUUGCUGAUAAAUUGGAUUUAACGAACACAGGCUUCACAUACACAACGGACGUGAGAGCGAAAAUGGCGGCAGGAUAUUUACCAAGUGGAGUACAAGCGCCGGUAUAUGAACUGCUGUGGUAUUCACCUGCUGGAAAUUAUUACUCAACUAUUGCUGACUUGGCGAAAUUAUCAAUGUCAUUCAUGGAGACAUCAAAAACAGUUCUGAAACAUGAAACGUUGACUGAAAUACUUCGUCCUAGAAAAACAUGUAGACAUGAUUACCUAGUAAAUAUGACAGGAAGUCCAUGGGAAAUGAAUAAAUUACACGACUAUUUGGUUGUAUCAAAAAACGGUGCCCUUGAAGGUUACACAUCAGACAUGGCUAUGAUUCCUGAUUUGAAAUUGUCGUUUAAUAUUCUGAGGGCUGGAUUUUCAAGUGAAGAUACUGCCAGAAUUGUAUUGGAUAAAGCUAUUCCUCUAUUCCGAGAUACUCUCAGAAAGAUGCAACAAAAAAUCAUGCCAGCUCCAAAUCCAGAGAAAUACGUAGGAUUCUUCUCUUAUUACAAUUUGGAAAAUCAAACAAUAUCUGUUAAUGAAAAUGGAAUUUUAAUCAUGAGAAAUUCACAAUCUCCUCCGCAAGCUCUAAGCGCAGGACUAAGUUAUAUUUCAGAGACUGUCUUCCAGUUGCUGUUAAUGGGAUCAGGAUUUCCAUGUAUCGGUAACCUUGACAAACAGAAUGGAGGUUUCGUUCAUUUCAAAGAGUUUGUGAACGGAAAAUACAAUCAGUUUGAUUUCCCUGAAACAUAUGCUUACGGAUUCAAAAGAGUUUGAUUAUAAAUCAGUUAAUAUCAAAUUGACAUAUUUGUCAUAAACAUUUCAUGAAACAUAAUGUAAAUUAUAUUACAUUGUCUUGAUAUUUUCAGAACGUGCAAUAUUUUUACCCUAACAAUUCAAAUUAGGACUGUUUAUUGCGUAGAAGGUGAUCACUUACAUUCCUGGUUUACUUGGUUACUAUAGGUAAAGGUUUACUAUCUUAUUUUGUUCUAGUAUAUAUAAUAUAUAUCUCUUGUAGAUUUGAUCAAUGCAAGCUAGAUUAUAUUUAGUUUGUUACGACAACAUAAUAUAUGUAAUGAUUUGUUUUGAUUUAAUCAACAUUUUAUAUGCAAAAAUGAAUUUCUGGCUUCCAAAGUUUUCAAAACUGACAAAAACUAGUGAAUCUUUAUGAACCUUAUAUCCCUUUGAAUUCUAUAGUUUUACAAACUUUUUAUUUUAUAUUUCUGUUUAUUGUAUUAUUGUAUAGUAUUGUUAAAUUUGUUU